AUGGCAAGAGGAAAUCGUAGCACAGUGACAGAAUUUAUCCUCAUGGGACUCACAGACCGUCCUGAGCUCCAGCUUCCCCUCUUCGUGGUGUUCCUGCUAAUUUAUCUCAUCACCCUGGUGGGAAACCUUGGCAUGAUCCUGCUCAUCAAGGUGGAUUCAAGGUUCCACACGCCCAUGUACUAUUUCCUCGGCCACCUGGCAUUCAUUGAUCUUUGUUAUUCAUCUUCUAUUGGGCCCAAAAUGCUGCAGAAUUUAUUGGCAAAGAGAAAAACCAUCUCCUUUUUGGGCUGUUUUGCUCAGCUCUACUUCUCCAGUGCUCUUGCCACUACCGAAUGCUUCCUCUUGGCCACAAUGGCCUAUGAUCGCUACAUGGCUAUCUGCAACCCCCUGAUUUACACAGCCAUUAUGACUCAGGGGGUCUGCAAGGAGCUGGUGAUAGGAGUCUAUACCUAUGGCUUCCUGAACUCCGUGAUCCAGACAGUGCUGACUUUCCAGUUGUCUUUCUGCGACUCUGUCAUCCACCAUUUCUACUGCGCUGAUCCCCCUCUCCUUGCCGUCUCCUGCUCUGACACCAGCAACAAAGAGAAGCAGCUCUUGAUGUUCUCUGCAGUGAACCUCACUGGGUCCCUCCUGACCGUCCUUGUCUCCUACAUUUGCAUCCUCUUUUCCAUUAUAAAAAUUCAGUCUUCUGAAGGCAAGUGCAAAGCAUUUUCCACCUGUGCCUCCCAUCUCACCAUGGUUAUCAUUUUCUAUGGAACACUGUUUUUCAUGUACCUGAAGCAACCUAAAGCAGGGAAUUCAUGGAAGUACAACAAAGUGGUCUCCGUAUUUUAUAGUCUUGUAAUUCCCAUGCUCAACCCUCUCAUCUACAGCCUGAGGAACACGGAAGUAAAGGAAAUCCUGAAAAAGAUGCUAGAGGGCAGAGAGUCAUAG